AUGUCGUCGACCUCUGCACCCAGAGACGACAUCGAUAUUGGAUUGCCCAAGAUAAAUACCCCAGGCUCUCCAAUACCUAGACUGCAGCGAGGGCUGUCUGAACCACGCAGCCUUCCAUCAGCCUCUUCCCAGAAUACCCCGGCCAAUGACUUGCCCCCUGUAAAAUGUACGUGGUGCGGACAAGAGUUCCCUCUCGAGAGCACAGAAUCGGCACCGCCACUUGAAAGUCUCAAGCAGCACAUGCGAGAAGAUCAUCCAGACAUCGCCAAAGACUUGUUCAAUAACCUGAUUUCCGAAGAGACUCUUACUCCACCUCUGGACUCCGACCAAGGGAGCCGUCGUCCAGCAGCCUCUCAGAGCGAAGGGACUCCAAAUGUCGAAGAAAAAAUCGAACGCCACUGGACCAUGCAUGAUGUACGAAAUUUCACUGAAGACUAUGACGGACGGCGAGAUGAGCUCCAGUCGCGAUGGGAAGGGGCAUUUGAUGGGUUCGAACGGCCCCAGCCUUACGAAUCGGGUUCCACUGCCACCGGUAAAUUUUUACCUCUAACGGAUCCCAACAUAUACAUCGAUAUCAUGAAGGACCCAUCUUCACUCUCCACCAAGGAGCUUUAUGCGAUCACCGUCAAUGCCGCUCAUGCGCUGAGAAUCUGGCAAGACGAACACAUGGCUCUUGAAAAGCUAAUCAAACGAGCGACACGCUCAUCGCUCAAGAAGACUUCGAACCCCAGAGAACUUGAAGACCCGCAAGUUUACGAAGAUAAGAAAGAAGCGAUGCUCUACGGCUACAAGCAUGAUCCGAAAGUAAGCCAGAUCGGAUGCCAGGAUCCGUUCGCUCAGGGUGGCUUCAUUCCUACCGCCGACCAAAUGAGAAAGAUGAAGGCAAGUGGCACGGAGCCAUGGAAGAUGAACCGCUGGGCUUCCGUCAAGGAGAACGGAGUAGAAUGCGUUCCUAAACUUCGUCCGCCGCCCGUCAUCAAGCCGAAGAAGAAGGUCGCCAAUACUGCCGUAAAAACCGAGCCGGAAACGAAGGGCCUUCUUGCACCGAAACGCAUUACACGGUAUGGAGGCUCGAAACCUUCCUCUACCAGAGAUACCUCGCAGGCUCCCUCGGAGCCCACCAGUCCCGGAGGGCCCUCCCGCCCACAAUCCAGAAAUGCCACCCCGUCAAGCAAUAUCACUACUCCACUACGAAAAUCCGGACGGCCCUUGGCUCAAGCACUAUACGCAUUAUCUACGGGCGCCCCGCGAAGCACCCCAGUCAAAUCCCCCAAAUCCCCCAAAUCCCCUGCUCCAACAUCAGCAGGGACCUCCAAGGCGUCUACACCAUUCUACCCCGACCCGCUCCAGGACCCCAAGAAUCAGCUCAAGAUCAAAAACUCCAAGCACCCCAAGCGCACCGAAGCUAUGAUUCUACACUGGGCCAAAUUCAACCAAGAAGGCCGAACAAGGAAUCCCAAGCGAACAAAGGCGCAGAUCGAGGCUGCCAGGGUAGCCGAGCGGGAGGCUAGCCUUGACCCAUCGGUCGGAUCAACGGGCAGGAAGCGGAUGACCAGCGAGAGAGCAGAUAGUCAGCCGCCAUCGAUUAAGAAAGUAAAACGAGACGCGAAUGGGAAGACAGAGCCAGUUACGCCUGUUUCGGAACAUGGAGAAGGGAGUUCUUUCCAUUACCAUAUGCAUGCGGCGUCGGAUCGUGGGUGA